UUUGAAGUGAAGAGCAUACUAACAUCACUGAAGAGCUGUCGAAUUCUUGAUGUCCCUAUAUGGCAUAUUUACUACGCGUGUGUUUACGAAGUAAUGCGUUGUUAUGCAGAAUGUAACGUAAUCUUAGCAACUGGUCACAUCUCGCUGGGAAUACUCGGCAUCAACAGGAACACGUCAAUGGCUGCAUUAAGGCUACUGAUACUUAUACUUGGAGGAUCAAGCAUAUGCUGCCUAACUCUUCAGCAUCGCUACCGAACUCCAGUACCGAUUCCAGCAAAUGCUGAGGUGCACUUCAAGACCCUUAAUACUAUCGAUGGUUCCUACCAUUUUGGUUAUGACACUGGGCUAAUGCGGUAUCAGUCCUUCCGAGAGGAGGUUCGAGAUCCUACUGGAAGAAUCAAAGGAAAGUUUGGUUUCAUAGAUCCAAGGGGACUUUUGAGGAUCACUGAAUACACAGCUGAUAAGCUUGGCUAUCGGGCCAAACAAACAAUUCAUUAUUUGGUGAAAAAGGAAAAAAAUUUACCCAUCAUCGGUCCAAUUCCAUCAUCACUUAGCAGAAAGAGACUAUCACAGUAUUAAAAAGACAAAAAAUCAGCAGAGAAACUACCUCAUCAGGUGUUAUUGAAACACCAUCAGUUACGUGCUAUGAGGUCUGACUGAAACAUAUUUUGGGAGGCGGGGAUUAUUUCAUGAUGAUGUUGGUAUCUCAGACUAUAUAUAUAGUGUCAAAUCAUGAAUGACUGGUGAAUAAUGAAUUGGAAAGGACUGGAGGAAGCAGUCAUGGCCUAAUCCAGGUAGGAUCCCAGCAUUUGCUGCGGGGACUGAGGAAAUAU